GCACACAUGACACAUGCUAGUAUUUUGCAAGGCAUUUCGUACUUGCGAACCGCACUCUGCAUGCGCCGAACAGGCCUGGAUCCGGGGAUCCGGAUCCGCUCGUCCUUGACCGCAACUGCACCUCGCAUGUCCCUUCAAGCUCCCGCCGGCGCCCUAUUCCUACUCGACAGUCGACACCUGGACUCAACGCCGCCAUGCUCGAGUGGACACCCGAUCCAUUCGGGCUCAGAUCAGUUGAUCGCUUCCUCUCAAGUGGUUUGCUUGGACUGACAGACUGCUCGUUUCAUUCGUUGCGCGGCUGCGACUGUGAGCGGCUGUGACUGUGAGCGGCUGCGCACGUAGCAAAUGGCCGGGUGGAGAAAGGCGUGGCUGUCGGUGCUGGACCGGGCCGCCGCCGCCGGCGGCGGUGGCAGCACCGGCUCCCUGCAGGCGCACCUGCAGGGCCUCCUCCACUUCCCGUCCUUCCUCGUCCUCGCCAGUUACAAGCGGGGCGGUACGUACGGGAGCGGCCACGUGAGCGGCAAGGCGGUGGCGGCCUGCUUCUCCGUCGCGCUCGCGCUCGCCUUCUUCUACGCCUCGGUCACCGGCUCCUUACCUUCCCCAGCCGCCGCUUCCUCCUCCUCCGCGCUUCUCUUGCCGUGGCUGUCGUCGAACUCGUACUCGUCGUCGCCGACGUCACCGAAGAAAUCGCUUCCUACUACCGUCACUGCGGGCGGCGCUGCCGAUCACCGGACCGACGCGCGCAACGCCACCGUGGUGUCGCGUCGCGUGCAGACCGGCGCGGUGGGGGACUCGUCGGGUUCGGAGGUCGGAUUGGGGCAAGAGACGUCAGCGCCCCGGCACACGGGCGGCGGCAGCGCGCAGGGUCUCCCCGUGCCGGACGCCGGAAACGCCACCGUGGGUUCCGACGCGGAACCCACCAGUAACAGUAACCGCACCAGAGAAGACGAACUGCAAGUGGAAACCGCGAUGCCGAUGCUGCAGUGGCAAAGGACAGACGGAGCCAAUCGUCCUUUCCACGACACCGUCGUCGUCGGUGCUGCCGCCGGUCAGCAAGCGGCGACGAACACUGACGACGUCGCCACCGGCAACUCCAGAUACACAGGGACAUCAGAAGAAACAACCAAGAGCGCCGCCGCUGGCUACGUCCAGAGCCUGGCACGGCGAGCGGCUCUGCCAUCACGGUCGGAGCGGAAGGCGGAAAGGCGCAGGCGCAGGAGAGCCGUGAGGCACAGGCACCCGAGGCGACGGAAGGAGAUCAUGCUCUCGGCGCAGGAUCUCGCUGUCGCUGCCGAGCGGAGCCACGAGGAGAUGGCUGGCGUCAAAACCAGCUUCGCCGUCGGGCCAGGCAAUGACGUGGUUGGCGUGAACGCCAGCACGGGCGGCGUGGUCGGGGCCGGCAACAACCGUGUCGUGUGGACGUCCGGCGUGCAAGACCUGGUUUCCUUCGCCAAGUGCGACGUGUUCAGCGGAAGGUGGGUGAGGGACGAGAGCUACGGGUUCUACCCGCCCAAAUCGUGCGCACUCAUCGACGACGACUUCAACUGCCACAAGAACGGCCGGCCGGACAGUGACUUCCUCAGGUGGCGGUGGCAGCCGCACGGCUGUGACAUUCCCAGGCUGAACGCGGCUGAGUUCCUGGAGAGGCUGAGAGGGCAGAGGAUCAUAUUCGUCGGCGACUCGCUGAACCGGAACAUGUGGGAGUCGCUGGUCUGCAUCCUUCGCCAUGGCGUCAGGGACAAGAGGAACGUGUAUGAGGCAUCGGGGAAGAACCAGUUCAAGACCCGAGGAUACUACUCCUUCAAAUUCAGGGAGUACAAUUGCUCGGUUGAUUUCAUAAGAUCAAUAUUCCUCGUCAGGCAGAUGAUCCGCGAGGGGAGAAACGGUACUGAAGAUGCAAAGCUGAAACUGGAUGAGCUAGACGCGACGACUCCAGCAUACCGGACUGCAGACAUCAUCGUCUUCAACACCGGUCACUGGUGGACUCACUACAAAACAUCAAGAGGGCUGAACUAUUACCAAGAGGGCAACCAUGUGUAUCCCAGCCUUGACGUUUUGGAUGCAUACAAGAGAGCUCUAGUCACCUGGGCUAGAUGGGUGGACAAGAACAUCGAUCCAAGAAGGACUCAGGUUGUAUUCAGAGGAUAUUCCCUCUCACAUUUCAGAGGAGGGCAGUGGAAUUCAGGAGGGAGAUGCCACACGGAGACUGAGCCAAUAUUGAAUCAGACAUAUCUUACUGAGUACCCUGAGAAGAUGGUAAUCCUGGAGCAGGUCUUGAGGCAGAUGAAAACUCCCGUCAUAUACCUCAACAUCAGCGCACUCACCGAUUACCGAAAAGAUGGCCAUCCGUCAGUCUACCGGGUACGUUAUGAUACAGAGGAGGAACGGAUGGCAAUGGUGAAAAGGCAGGACUGUAGCCACUGGUGCUUGCCUGGCGUGCCAGAUACGUGGAAUCAACUGCUGUAUGCUUCGCUGCUUCAAGCAGGCAAAGGCUCCUGGAAAUUAUGAGAGGAUGGUUACAAAAAAAAACAUUACACAUCAUCAGACAUCUAUUGCAGAUGAUUCAUGAAGCUCUGAUCUGUAAUUAUUUGCAAAUCCAGCAUUUUCUGUAGACCCAUUCCUAGCGCAAAACAUUUAGCACAAGGAUAACCUUUUAGAUUUC